GCAGCGGGAACGCUCCGGGCCCGCGCCCCCUGCGCGCCGCAGCCUUUCCAGCAACGGAGUGGCGGGCCGCGCGGCAGGUGGCUCGCAGGGCCGCAGAAGGUUUCGGGGUUCCAGGCUGAGACCCUGCAUGGGCACCCCUUGGGGCCCGGGGCCCCGGGGGAGGGCCUGCGGCAGAAGGGGAGGAGCUUACGUCGCCCGCCAGCCGGCUGGAGGCCAGGACCUCUGAGGCCCAGACUCAGGGGCUAGUGACUUAGCCGGGAUUAGCUGAACGCUCGCUCCCGCUGGCCCAGCCCCGCCAGCCAGGUCUCCAGCACGUGAUGGCAGAGACCCCCAGCCCCAUGGCCAGGCCUGGGGAGCCUGGUGCUGGGGAGGCCCAGGAGGAGGAGGAAGUGGAAGAGCCGGACGCUGUGAGGUCAAGGGCAGAGAUGCUAGAGCAGGCCCGGGAGCUGUUUCUGCUUUGUGACAAGGAUGCCAAGGGCUUCAUCACUCGGCAUGACCUGCAGGGUCUGCAGAGCGACCUGCCCCUCACGCCGGAACAGCUAGAGGCCGUUUUCGAAAGCCUGGAUCAGGCCCGCACAGGCUUCCUCACCGCCCGGGAGUUCUGCCUCGGCCUGGGGAAGUUUGUGGGGGUGGAGUCAGCCCAGGGCUCACUGCCCUUCCAGGCUCUAGAGGAGACCUUUGAGUCGGGCUGGUCAGAUGUGCAAGGCACUGAGGGCUCCCUGGAAGAAGAGGAGGAGAGAUUCUGCCAAGCGCUGGAGCAGCUGGGGGUGGCCCCAGUUCUGGGCGAGCAGCGAGCGGUGCAGACGCUCUGGACCCGGUUGCAGCGCGAGCGACCCGAGCUGCUGGGCUCCUUCGAGGACGUUCUGAUGCGCGCGUCCGCCUGCCUGGAGGAGGCGGCCCGAGAGCGGGACAGCCUGGAGCAGGCGCUGCGGCGGCGGGAGAGCGAGCACGAGAGGGAGGUGCGGGGCCUGUACGAGGAGAUGGAGCAGCAGCUACGCGAGCAGCGCCGGCGCCUGCGGAAUCAGGAGCCCCCCCGGGAGGAGCGCAGAGGCCUCCUGGAGCUGGAGCUGCAGAACCGCGAGCAGGAGCUGGAGCGCGCGGGCCUGCGACAGCGGGAGCUGGAGCAGCAGCUGCAGGCCCGGGCCCGCGAGCAGCUGGAGGCACAGGCGCAGAACGCCCAGCUGUGGCUGGCCAACGCGGCGCUGAGAAGUCAGCUGGACGGCGCGCAGGAGCAGCUCCGCAGACUGCAGGGCGAGGCGCAGGGCCGCCGGGAGCAAACCCUACGAGAGGUGGUCGCAGUCUCGAGGAACAUGCAAACAGAGAAGCUCAGUCUCCGGCGGCAACUGGAGCUCCUCAGGGAGCUGAACACCCGGCUGCGGGACCAGAGGGACGCCUGUGAGGCCAAGAGGCUGAGCAAUGGUCGAAGGAAAGCUCUGGCCAUGGCCCGCUUGCCGGGGUCCACCUGCUGCUGCUGCUGCUGCUGCUGGGCUCACCCUCCGAGACGUGGCUCUGGGCCCCUUCCCAGUGCCCACUGACCAUCCCCAAGAGACUUGGAGAAACCGCCCCUUGAAGGUGGUGCGUUGUGGCUAGGUGCUGCCCAUCCAGCAGACUGAAGGAACUCAUGCAGGAGUGCUGAGUCUCAGGUGCCUUCCUGCUGGUCCUCAUCCUGUCCCCAUCCCAUCAGACCCAUCUAUGACCAGCAGAAGAACUCCCUCCUCCUAAUAAAGUCCACUGACUGCA